AUGUCAUCUAAAAUUAUAAAAGAAAAUAAAAGACUUGUUUUAGAUUUAUAUAAAAGAUGUUUAUAUUCAGCAAAAAGGUGUCCAAAAUAUCAGAAUCAAAUGAUGAUGGAAUCAUAUAUUAAAUUAAAAUUUAGAUCAAAUAAAGAAAUUCACCAAAAAGAUUUCGAAACAAUUGAAAACCUUCUUAAACAAGGUGAAGAAGAAUUAAAAUCAAUGAAUGAUUUUCAUGAAUUGAGGGCAAAAAGUAAAUCUGGACAAGACCAUGAAUCAAUUUUAAAUGAUUGUUUUGAUGAUGAUUUUAAUUAUAUAGGUUCGACACCAACUGUAAAGAAAUAA